AAUUGAGCUCGCUAUAUAAACAUGGUAGCACCGGUAGUUUAACGCACAACAACGCAGAGAGUUUACAUCAACAGAAGAUCCGACGGUUUUGAGUGAGCAGAUAAAACAAGAGAGGGAGGAAUGGCCGUCGAUUACUAUAAGCUUCUUCAAGUUCAGCGAAACGCCAGAGGUGACGACUUGAGGAAAGCCGCCGAGGCCAAGCUCAACCUAAUCAACGAUGCCUACGAGGUUCUGAGUGAUCCCAUAAAGCGAGCGGUGUACGAUCAGCACGGCGAGGAGGGUCUGAAGAGAGAGGCAGCGACGCCUCCUGAUUCGCCCGGGUCGACCCGCUUGAACUUCACGGACUUUUUCGGGGCAGGAACCGGGGGGUCUCGGGUCAAGGAGACCCGGCAACCGGAAGAGAUAUUCUCGACGUUUUUCGAAGGUAGACCGACGAGGGAAGAUGUAUUCCAGUCGUUUGGAUUCGCGGACUUGGGACCUGGAAAUGGGCCGAGGAAAGCAGCGGCCAUUGAAAGGACGUUGCCUUGUACUUUGGAGGAGCUGUACAAUGGCGCCACCAAGAAGCUGAAGAUCUUCAGGGAUGUUCUUGGUGCUAGCGGAAGAAAAAGCACGGUGGAAGAAGUUCUGACAAUCGAGAUCAAGCCGGGAUGGAAAAAGGGCACAAAGAUCACUUUCCAAGAUAAAGGGCACGACACACAGCGAGGUGUGAUACCAGCAGACAUUGUCUUCAUCGUCGAUGAGAAGCCUCACAGUGUUUUCAAGAGGGACGGGGACAAUCUGAUUGUCACUCAGACGGUCUCUCUCGCGGAGGCUCUGGCGGGUCACACCGCGCAGCUGACAGCCCUAGACGGGCGAAAUCUGAGAGUCUCUAUCGAUUCCAUUAUCUGCCAGGCCCAUGAAGAAGUGGUUAGAGGGGAAGGGAUGCCUAUCCAGAAGGAACAAUCCAAGAAGGGGAACUUGAUCGUCAAGUUUAGCGUCAAGAUCCCGAAGCUCACCUCAGAGCAGAAAUCCGGCAUCAGAAUGUUGCUGCCAUCUUCGUGAACGCAGGUCAUUGACUCGUACAAGUCCGUAUUAUCUUCCGAGCUAGUGUUAGCUUUCCUAGGUUUACAAAGGUGUUUGUUGUGUUUGUUGUGUACUAAGUAGAUUGCUGCUCUAUCAGCAACGACAAUAAAUCCGUUCUAUGUAUA